GGACUUCUUUACCCUGAAGCUGAACCGCCCACCCUCAUCCUGGAAAUGGCUGAAGAGAAGAAGAGAGAGAAAGUUACACUGGAGAAGGAAAUAGGCAAAAUACCAGAAAUGACAGUUCACUCUGGACCAACUAAUGUUGGUCUAGAAGAAGCACUACAGCAGUUGAGAGUGAGCAGACAGGCGUACCAUGGUCGUUCAUUUGUAGGGAACCAUGUACAUAAAUGUUUACAGCCUGAGAACACUGAUCUGAUCACUGCUGCUAUAUCAAAGAAGGUACAGUCACUCUGCCCCAACGACCGGGACCUCAUCCAGAAGGCAGAAGAGAUAGCCAGCAAGUAUAAUACUUUGCUAAAGCUGUUCGGGGCAUGCCACCGGGGUAUAAACACGGGUACUUUCCUGGACGACUCAGUCAUCGACAAGCUGGACAAAGACAUCAAAGAGUAUAUGUUGUUCUACCGUCAGAACUUCCCCACAGAGAGCGUGACCCCCAAACAGCAUCUAUUGCAGUAUCAUGUCAUCCCCUGGUUCAGAGACUGGAGAGCAAGCCUUGGGAUGAUGGGUGAACAAGGGGGAGAGUCGGUCCACUGCCAACUCAACAACAUUUCAAGAGAUUUGAGGGGCUACAACGAUGACCUCAAACUCAAUAUACAAUGUGUAAAAAAUCAGUGGAUAUUAAGUAGCCCCUCAAAUUACAAUAAGUUCAGUUAGAUCCACUCUAAAUACCCUCUCAAUCUCGGAGUAGAGAAGUAGAGAAGUGUACACUGAAUUCUAUGUAUACAGAGCUUGUGGGGUCUUUAAUUUGUUUUAUUCAUCUUAUUUUAUUCUAUUAUUUUUUAUAUUUUUUAUUUGCAAUCUAAGAAUAUAUUCUUGCCUUGGGAAUUAAACUUAGAAUUAAAUAAGAGUGUAUAUAGCAUUAAACAAAAAAUUGAUUCGAAUGGCUUUACUGAAGUAGGUCACCUUUUUGUUCUCUGUAAUAGACAUGCAGUAGAGAAUUAUGUUGAAACUUUAAUCUAUGACUAUAUUUCAAAAACAUUGUAUAGAAUA